AUGAAACAGACCUCAAAUAAUAACGUUAAUAUUAAUAUUGAAUUUCCAACAUACACAGGUAAUGGCGAUGUUUUUCUAAGUCGUUUCGAAGACAUAUUCAACGAUGCUCAGAUCUCUGAUAUCGAAAAAGCAGGAUCCUUCACAAGAAGACUACCAGACGAAGAAUACAUCAAGCUCAAAUCGAUAUGUUCACCUACCGAUUUCAUCAAUCCAUCGAUAUUGAUUGAAAAAUUUAGGUUAUUACACCCGAGGAAAUCUACAAGUUCGAAAUUGUUAUUAUUCAAUGCAGCUGUACAAGGUAAAAAUGAAAGUUACAUCAAUUGGACUGAAGAAGAAACAAGCGUAAAACAUUUGGAAAGACAAAGAGGCAUAAAAGUUGAAGAAAACAAACAGGUGGUCAGAUACGACGAUAGACAUAAUCCACGAUCGAAUAACGAUAACAGACAACGAUGGACAGCAAGAGGCCAUGACUUUCAAAGAAAUACUUAUCAAGGAAAUAGUUAUAACCCCAGUUACCAGGGAAAUAAUUACAACCCUAGACAUCAGAACUAUAAUGCGGGUAACUACAAUAACGUUAGGGCAAAUUACCCAGGAUUAUACAAUAAUUUUUCAAGAUUUGAAAAUAGAACCAGUUAUAAUAACGAUAAUAACCAAAGAUUUUAUUAUGAUUACAAUCACGGAUUCAACAGACGCUAUGAUACUUCAAGAUGCACGCAAAGGCAUAGUAAUAAUUAUAAUGGAAAUCGAGGAGGAAGUUACGCAUGUAAUUGUAGACAUCAUGUCGACCAUAAUAAUCAAACACGAUACACUAAUAAAAUAAAUACCAUAAACAUAGAAGAAAUAAAAGAGGAUGAUAAUAAUAAAAUAGAAAAAAAAGAAUAUAAUUUGUAUAACUUGGACAUAAAUAAUAUGGAUGCUGAUAAAGACAACACAGAUAAUAACGCGUAUAAAGUAACUUUAAAAUUGAAUAACCUGUCAACGAUCAUGCUGGUCGAUACUGGCUCUAGAUUCUCAAUAAUACCUAGUUCGAUAGCUAAGAGCGCAGGCAUCACUGAAUUAAAGAAAUCUAAUUUAAAAUUAACAGGCUAUGACGGCUAUCAAAUCAAAAUAUUAGGAACGGCGCAAAUUAGCGUAAAUUAUGAAGGAGUAACUAAAAAUUUACAAGCGAUCGUUGUUAAUAGCAAUAAGAGUCCAUUACUUGGCAGAACUUGGCUAAGUGCCUUCAAAAAUAUUUUAAAAAAUUUUUUGGGAAAUAUAGGUGAUGAUUAUUGUAAUGAUAAACUUACUAAACUCAUACUUAAUUACAAACUUAAAAUGGCCGAUAAACCCAUCUGCAAAACCAAUAUCAAGCUUCGCUUAAAGCAAAAUGCUGUACCAAAAAUAAUACCAAAUGUUAAAAAAAUAAAUUCUUAUAGAUUAGAAGAAAUAAAUCAUUUGAUAACAAUUGAAGAAAUUAUAAUCAACGAAGAGGUUAACGAGCAAGAAUGA